AACUUAAAUGUGAAAGAUGGUAAAGUUUGCCUGAAGAUGACUAUGGCCCUUUGCUCGGAAUGCAGUUUUCAGUUGCAACUGGAAAAUCAGCAAAGAGAUAUAUUUUCUUCAAAUAUAAUCCACGGCGAAGGGGUAUGAAAUUUAAUAUAAAUUAUCAUUUAUUGCAAAAUAAAGAAUUGUAUUUCCAGAGCACGAGUGGAUUAGUGAACGUGAGAGAAAAUAUUAUUCUUUUCAACGUUACUGAUGAGCAACCUAUGGCAAAGUAUAAACUGAAAUAUAGUACAAAUAAAAUCAGAACGCCAAAUGAUGCUUUUUGGGCAAUAAGUGAUAUUAAAAGUUGUAGUAUAGAUGAAUCCAAGAUUUUACUUUUCAAUGGCCUUAGUUUUAUGCCUGAAACACAAUGUCGACUAUUGAAUAAAACUAUAAUGGAAUCUUUAUUAAAUUAUAAUUUGACAGAACAUUUAAGAAAAAAUGGACCGUUCGAUUGUUCUGAAUGGUUUAAAUCAAAAGAAAAUUGCGAGAGAGUUCGACUCACAUCAUUAAAUGGAAAACAAACUAGUUGCAUUCCUGGAUACAAUGGAGAUGCUUGCAAAACUAAAACGAAAGUAGGGCAAAAUAUAAUAGCUACAGAGCCAAAUUAUUCAAAAAUGAAAAUUCGACUCGGAUCAUUUGACCCUGUUCGAAGUUGGGCAGAUUAUAUGACAUUGCAAUAUCAGGUGUAUGUUGAAAGUUCAUCUGGAAGUCCUUGGAUGGAUAUUGGACAUCCAGUGCCAAUCUCAAAAUAUAACGAAACCAAUAUAGAUGUACCUCAUAAAAUAGCUAGAGAUAGUUUGAGUGUCCAUAAAAAUAGGAAUGGCAUAUGGUUUAGAGUUUUGUUGCUACUGGAUGGAAAAAAUGAUUACAAUGAUGAUGUAGAAGGAUUAAAGGUGGCAGCAAAAUGUGAGAGUGCAGCUGAUGGUAGAGGAAUUGUAACGGAACCGACAAAAAAUGAUGUAAGAAUAGCAAUGGAUACUAAUUUGUUAAGUUAUUGUCCUCUGGAUUUUUACAACAUUAAAUUAAAAGAAAAAGCAAGUGAAAAUAUUGCUAAUCAAUUCAACGAUACCGCAUAUAUAAUUAAAGAUUUACAACCAAAUACAAUAUAUACCAUAGAACUAAGAAGAGAAACUAGGUACGUCCAAGUAAAUUUCAAAACUCUAGAAGGAGAACCUGGACCAGUUACAAACUUAACUGCAUAUUCAUUUGAUGGUGACAAAGUCUCUUUGAGAUGGAGACCUCCUGAAAUAACCAGAGGAGCAACAAUUGAGAAAUAUUCAAUCACGACUAUUGGUGCAAACGAUAGAAAUAUAAGAACAGCCAAUGUAUCUAAAUCUGAGGCAUCUUGUCCAAUAUGGGACGGAUAUUUAUGUUCGACUAUGGAAAAUAUUAAUUCAAGAGUCGGCAGAAUUGAGGUUCGUGCCAUGUCAAAUCUUUAUGAAGGCGAUCCAACUGUGAUAAAUGAUAUAAUCCUCGAACAAAAAAAACCGAGUGCACCAUUGAACUUGCAUUUUGACCCAGAUCAUCAUGACACAAUAGUUUGGGAACAUCCUUGGAUUCCUGGUGGAAAAAUUAACCAGUUCCAAAUAUCAUGCACACUAGAUUCAUCUGAGCUACUCAUUAGUCCUGGUAGUAAUAUACCAAAUGAGAAUUUUAUAGUAUCCAAAGAUCAGAAACAAUAUACAUUCAAGUUGAAAGAAAUAGCUUUCGCCAGCACUUACAAAGUAAAAGUAAGAGCAUUCAAUACCAAGGAGGGAGAUGAGGCUGAAGUUAUAUUAAAGACGCCACUGCCAAUCCCAGACUUCAAUGGACAAUUGGAAACGAAACGACUGGAUGCGAACAGAAUAGAAAUUAAUAUUCCUCCUGAUACAAGUAGUUCAGCAAAUUCAACCAAAAACAGUGGUUACUAUGUGGUCGUACGAGAACUCCAAAGUGAAAAUGUUUCUGAAGACAAAAGAAAUUGUCAGUACCAACACGAAUCUAAAUACAAAAAGAUAUUUGAAGAGGCUAGAGUUGAUGUUAAAUCUAAUUUUGUUGCAUGGAUAGCAAAACGAAUGAAGACAGAAAAUACAACGAUACAUCAGAAAGUGGAGAUUGGCACAGGAUUGUCGAAUGGCGAUUUUAUAGAUUUCGUCUUGUCAGAAGCAACAAACUACACGAUAGCUUUAGUAUUUUACAACUUUGAUGGUGAAAAAUACACAUACAAGACUUUGUUCAAUGAGAAAAUUACUGAUUUGGAACCAAGUUCUUUAGCUUCCUUAUGGUUCCUCCUGCUUUUGCUGAUUCCAAUUUUGGCAGCUGCCAUAUUCAUUGCGUUCAAGUACAAAAAGCCAGGGUUCUUGUUCAGAAAAACUGAACCCAAAAACAAACAAAAUGAUAUGGCAUUGACUCAACCAGAACAACAACAAAUUCAUAAUACAAGACUGAAAAGAACAGAAGUAAAUGGUCCUCCGAAAAUUGAUUUGAAUGAUGUUCAGAAGCCUCUAAUUUCUAUUAAGAACGAAACGCAUACAAAAGAUGUUCUUAGUCAUCCAGUGAUGGUUGAAGAUUUUGAAAAUUAUGUUAAGGAGUCUUUGUCAGAUGGCACUUUGGAAAAACAACACAAUAUAUUCCCAAGAGAUUUGCUGUAUCCUGUUACAGUUGGAGCAAAAAUUGAGAAUAAAACCAAGAAUCGUUACAUAAAUUUAAUCGCAUACGAUAGCACCAGAGUAAAAUUGCAACCACUUCCAAAUGAUCCAAAUUCUGAUUAUAUCAAUGCCAACUACAUUGACGGGUUUGAACAUCCAAAAGAAUACAUUGCAACUCAAGGACCUAAAGAGAGUACAGUUUACGAUUUUUGGAGAAUGGUUUUGCAGGAAAAAGUAUCAGUGAUUUGUAUGUUGACACAGACCAAGGAAGAUGGCAAGGAUAAAUGUUUCCAAUAUUGGCCAAUAACAAAAGGAUCUUCCUUGAAAUAUAAUGAUAUUGUCGUGAUAAAUUUACACAGUAUGGUUUAUGCAGAUUAUGUUUAUAGCACAUUGCACGUCCAAUCCCAGAAUUCUAAGCAUACGGUGGAACAUAUGCAUUUCGUCAGUUGGUCAGAUCACGGUGUAACACAGUAUGCCGAAUCUUUGGUUCCAUUUUUAAGGAAGUUUCAGAAUUUCGAAUCAGAGAAUAAUCCAAAAAUAGUGCAUUGCAGUGCUGGUGUCGGCAGAACUGGUACAAUAAUACUUGCAGACAUUUGCAUAAAAAUGGCACAAAAAACCCAAAAAAUUGAUGUACUAUAUCACCAAAAACGGAUACGAAAGCAGCGAGCAAACCUUGUAGACAACAAUGACCAAUAUAAAUUGGUGCACAUGAUAAUUUUGGAAAGUCUUUUUGGAGCAUCCACCAGCAUUUCUUGUAUGGAAUUGAGGAAACAUGUUACAAGAUUGAAGCAUUCCAAAAAAGCUGGCGAGGAAUUACGAAAAUUGGCAGUCAACUCUUGGAAGGAUGAUUAUACAAAAGGUUCUCAAGAUGCUCCAGCUCAACCAGACAUUGAGAGAAAGGAAAACAGGAACAGGAUUGUACCAGGAUGCAGAGGACGUGUGUUCAUAUCACGUUUUCCACUUUCGAAUGCUGAUUCGGAUUAUAUAAAUGCAGUCGUGGUUGAUGGUUUUCGAAUGAAGGCCCAAUUUAUUGCAACACAAUUUCCUUUGGAGCACACCAUAGGCGAUUUCUGGAGAAUGGUGUCUGAUAAAGGGAUCACAUUAAUUGUGGUACUAAAUGAAAUUGAUACUAACGACAACACUGUCAAUAAUUUCAUACCAAAUGAAGAAGAGUCAAUAUUCACUUUACCACGAAUUUCUGUAGCUUUCGAAGAGAUGCAAAUUAAUGACAACUGCAAAAUCACUGAUGUGAAACUCCAAGACGCUGCCAAGCCCCGAAAAGUAUUGGAGGUUAAGGUUGUGCAGGUGAAAAACUGGAAAUCUGAUCAAGUGGUGCCCAAUAAAAAUAAUACUAGAGAUCUUGAACUUCUCAGAUGGCUUUGGGAAAUUAUACAAAAAGAUGUUUAUGCAAGUGAAAAUAAUCCAGUUCUACUAACUUGCUACGACGGAGCAACUGCAUGUGGUCUUUUUGCUGCAAUGGCAUUCGUCAUAGAAAAAAUGAAGUUGGAACAGGAAUGUGAUGUUCCUUUAGCAAUUAGAACUAUUCGAAAACAUCGAAAGGAAUUUAUAAAUCACGAGGAACAAUAUACCUACUUAUUCGAAGCUGCUUUAGAUUAUUUAGAAACAUUUGAUAUUUAUAACAAUUUCGAUUGA